AUGCCAUUAAAUGAGAUAUAUGGUGGUUUCGAACUGAGUGAAACUCUGUUACUUGAUGAAUGUUUGAACAAUUGUCGUACAUUAAAACUUCAAAACUCAAAAACAUUAAAUUUUAUACGAUAUUUUACAAAUAUGAAUACUUGUCUACAGUACAUUAAGAAUAAUGCUAACAAGGCCUUAUUUAUAUUUAUUUCAUGUGAAAAUGUUUUACAAUUAUUUAUUGAAUUAGCAGGAUAUGAACAAAUCAAAAAAAUUUUCGUAUUUUUUAUUGAAGAACAAAGUUGUAGUUUUAUGUUGGAUUGGUCAAGACGCUAUCAAAAACAUAUUGAAAAAUUAUUUUGCUCAACUGAAUUGGAUUAUCAAUUAAUGUAUUUUGGUAUUGAUUACUGUAAAUCAGUUGGUGAUGAAAAUAAACGACGACAACGAGAUCAAUUGGCCCAAUUUAAUUAUGAAGAUGUUGAAAAUUUGUACAAGUCGCUAGCAUCAUAUAAUUUAUCUCUUAUCAAACAUCAAAGAGAGAAAAUAGAUGCACAACCAGACCCGAUAGCUAUAGAAUCUGAUCAAUAUUGCACUAAUAAUACAGAAGCUGCUCUGUCAAAUAUUACUAUCAUCGAUCAUGAUGAAAUCAUCGAUCAUGAUGAAGACGAAAUUAGUGAAUCAGUAUCAAAUAGUGUAAUCCCUUUUUGA